AGAAAAGUUCACAACGAGAAUCAUUUUUUGUGUAUUUAUGGAUGAAUCAGAAAAUUGAGACAACUGUUCUUCAUAGCCAUAUUAUCAUCAUGUCUCAACAACUAUGUCCACCUGAAAUGUUUGGUAUAGUAGAAACUGGAAUAUAUCGCUCCAAUCUCUUUUUUCCUAUUAGUUUUCCUUUUAUCAAACUUUUGAAUCUCAAGACUGUUCUUCUUCUAUCUGCAGAAGUUCCCACCAAAGUUGUUUGUAACUUUUUGGAAGAAAAUGAUAUCACUUUGGUACACUUGGGAAGCAGGUCUUUAACAACGGAAACUUCUUGGAAACCCAUGAGUGAAGAACUAGUAAAGGAUGGACUCGAAUGGGUACUCGACAGAAAGUCACAUCCUUUGCUUGUGUGUGACACGAGUGGCAUACAUCAAGUAGGUAUUCUGGUAGGUUGUCUAAGAAGACUACAGAAUUGGAGUUUGAGUGCAGUUAUUCACGAAUAUCGAACGUUUGCUUCCUCCAAAGCACGUUAUGUCAACGAACAGUUUAUAGAAUUGUUCGAUGUCGACCUAAUAACACUACCUGAAGACUUGCCAGACUGGUUUCGUGAACACUUGGAACAGGAAGCAAAAGAAAUAGAAGAAUAUCAACAACUCAUUCGAAAAAAAGAGUUGGAUCCUUUAGGAGUUUUGGUAAGGACCCAAUAUUUCCAAAGUAUGAAGCUCAUCACACUAUGAAGAUCAAGGCAAACCAUAAUGUU